UUGGGACGAGACUUCGCCGCGCCCCUAACCUUUUACCUGGCACUGUCUAAAGAGCUAGUGCACACCUGCCCAUUGGAAUAUAUGAACCAGCAAAUCAUAUAGACUACAGACGUAGUAUUAAAAAACAAAAAACAAGUCUUAAAGGCAUCAUUUGUGGUGCAGUCGGACAUUGGCUGGGGAUCUUGCUAAAUGGUGUAACAGUUGGACUAUCAUGCAACAGCUAGCUAGCUGACGUUAGCUUGCUUAAUGGCAUUGCAGGGGGAAAAUUAAUUACUACCUUCUGCCUGGACUUCGUAUUCGAGAGCUAUGGCCCCCAAAAAGAGACCCGGGCCCUUAACCAUCGCGACCUCCGGGGAUGGAAUGUCAAGCUCUAACAACAGUGUUCUGGCAUCUGAGGCUAAUUUAGAAUCACUUCAGAAGAAACUGGAGGAGUUGGAUCUAGAUGAUCAGCAGAAAAAGAGGUUGGAGGCUUUCCUCACCCAGAAAGCCAAAGUAGGAGAGCUGAAAGAUGACGACUUUCAUCGCAUCUGUGAGCUUGGGGCUGGUAACGGAGGGGUCGUGAACAAAGUUUGCCACAAACCUUCAGGCUAUAUUAUGGCCCGAAAGCUUAUCCAUCUAGAGAUCAAACCUGCCAUCAGAAACCAGAUUAUCAGAGAGCUGCAGGUGUUGCAUGAGUGUAACUCUCCCUACAUUGUGGGCUUCUACGGAGCUUUCUACAGCGAUGGAGAGAUCAGCAUUUGCAUGGAGCACAUGGAUGGAGGCUCUCUCGACCAAGUGUUGAAGGAAGCCAGGAGGAUUCCAGAGGAGAUCCUGGGCAAAGUCAGCAUUGCUGUUCUAAGGGGUCUUGCCUAUCUAAGAGAAAAACACCAGAUCAUGCAUAGAGAUGUGAAGCCCUCUAACAUUCUGGUGAACUCCCGCGGGGAGAUCAAGCUGUGUGACUUUGGCGUAAGCGGCCAGCUGAUUGACUCCAUGGCCAACUCCUUUGUGGGAACCAGAUCCUACAUGUCGCCUGAAAGGCUCCAGGGAACCCACUACUCGGUGCAGUCGGAUGUGUGGAGCAUGGGGUUGUCCCUGGUGGAGCUCUCGAUCGGGCGCUACCCCAUCCCUCCGCCAGAGCCCCGGGAACUAGAGGCCAUAUUUGGGCGAUCAAUCUUGGACGGGGCUGGCGGGGGGGACACCCACAGCACCUCACCCAGGGCCAGACCUCCGGGCCGGCCUGUCAGCAGCGGUCACGGUCCCGUCAUGGCUAUCUUUGAGCUCCUGGAUUACAUCGUCAACGAGCCUCCUCCCAAACUGCCACAUGGAGUCUUUACGUCUGAUUUCCAAGAUUUUGUGACUAAGUGUCUAAUGAAAAACCCGGCCGACCGAGCUGAUCUGAAGAUGUUGAUGAACCACACGUUUAUAAAACGGUCCGAGGUGGAGGAAGUGGACUUUGCCGGCUGGCUCUGUAAAACGAUGGGGUUCAACCAACCGAGCACUCCCACGCGCACGACAGACUGAGGCGCAGCAGAACACACUCCCACUCUGUACGUGCACAAGAGAACAAGGCGAGCGGCUACACCCAUCGGAAAGCACACGCUCCCCACCUCCACGGGCUUCAUACAUUACAUCAAUCAACAUGUUAGCCUAUUGAUUAUCCAUUGUGAUCUAGAGGUAGGGAGAGAGAAAGAGAGGGGGUAAGGAGAGAGAGAGAGAGAGAGGGGGGGGGGAGAGAGAAGGGGGGAGAUGAGAGAAACAUAUUUGUAAUCUUCACUGUACAAUGACUUCCAUGUUGGCUCCCAACCCUUUGUUGAAAUGAUUGUACUAUUUCCACAAUGUAAGAUUGGCAACACACUGGACUGCUGGCCAUUAUUCAAUUAUCUGUGUUCAUGAAGCCAUUUAAUCACUAAUUUGUGGCUUAGCAGUUUAUCUGCUGGAUUGGAUGGAAUCCGCGAAAGAUUGGUGGGCUGAGUUUGUGCAGGAUGUCCAAGCUAUUCUGCCAGACACUUGUGUUUGCAUGGCUCUUGAACAUCGUGAAGCUUGAACCUACAACUGCUACACUGCAAAGGGAUAGGGUGUGUUUCUGAAUACUGGUGCCAAUCCAAGAGAGGCAUAUUUAAUCACUGAUAAAACUGCAUCGGAAGAAUACGGUGCAUUCACUUAAUAUUUCUUUCAAGAUACAUUUUGAGGUGUAAAGAAGACACCGCCGUACUUCAUGCCAGAUAUUCUGAUAAUGCUUAAAUCUAGGUUAAUUUGUAUAAAUUGGUACAUCAUUUGGUUGGCUUUCCUCUGUUUUGCCUCACUUUAGAUAUAAGGCCUUUUGUUUUUUGGUGACGGUUUACUUAUGUCAGGGGGAUUGUAGAAGGUGCUUCAGUGGUGACCUUUCUUCUUCUAUUGUUAAAUGAGGGGCUUCUUUUAGGUUGGUGGUGUAACCCAUUAUUGCUGCAGUUUGUGCUUUUGUUGUCGCUACUCUAGUUGCUGCUGCUACCAGUUUUGGAAUGACUUGAGGUGAAGCAAAAUGUUUAAAAUGCUUUGGCAUGAACCUCAAAACUGCACCAAGGAGAAUACCUUUUUUUUUUUCUGUGUAUCCGUAACUUAAAGCCUCAAUCUUUUGGUAUCUCUUGGUCCCCUUAGAGACUGAUGUAAUUCUGAAAA